CACAUCCAGCAACACUGGCUUUAAUCCCAGCAGCCACACAACCAAAAGAAAUCACAACAAAUCUCCAGGGCGACGAAAUUCUCGAAAGGCCGGCGCGUACCCGCUGCAACCGCGUCUCCGCCCGUCCCCAUCUGCGACGCGACUUCCCGAAGCGCAGCAGAGUUCUGCCCGCCGUCAUCGCAACAUCGCAGCAGUAGCAGCAGCAGCAGCAGCCGCAGCAGGAACAGGAGCAGCAUGGCCCAAUCACACCGCGAUAGGGAGCGCGGCUCUGGACCGUUGCCGAACCGCUGGCUGUACUGUCCCCGCAAGAGCGACAGCAUCAUCGCAGAGCGCUUCCUUGCCUUCAAGACGCCACUGAGCCAGAACUUCCAGGACAAAAUGCCCAUCGAGUGCACCUUCCGUCCCGAGAUGCUCUUCGACUACUGCAAGACGCUCAAGCUGAAACUGGGCCUCUGGGUGGACCUGACCAACACGAAGCGCUUUUACGAUCGCUCCACAGUCGAGGAGCGCGGCGUCCAGUACAUUAAGCUGCAGUGCCGUGGACACGGCGAAACGCCAUCGCCAGAGCAAACGCACAGCUUCAUCGAGAUCGUGGACAACUUCAUCAACGAGCGCCCGUUCGAUGUCAUCGCCGUUCACUGCACGCACGGCUUCAACCGUACCGGCUUCCUGAUUGUCUCCUACAUGGUGGAGCGUCUCGACUGCUCCGUGGAGGCAGCCCUGUCUGUCUUUGCCGCCGCCCGGCCUCCAGGCAUCUACAAACAGGACUACAUUAAUGAGCUGUACAAGCGCUAUGACGACGAGGAGGACGCUCCCCCGGCCCCGGAGCAGCCCAACUGGUGCCUGGACUAUGACGACAGUAACGGCGAUGGCUCCGCCCCGGUUGACAGUCGAAAGCGACGCUCAUCCACGUCACAGCAAGCAGCAGAGGAUGCGGUGGAGGAGGAGACCGAAGAAGUCGAUGGGGAGGAGGCUGACGGUGAUGGCGACGCGUCCACUUCGGACGGACAGCCACGGAAGAAGCGACGUCGCGAGAUGGUCGUUAGGAAUGCCACAUUCAUGGCCGGUGUGCCUGGCGUGCGUCAGGUUAGCGACCAGCCGCGGCUCUCCGAACUGCAGCGCAAGGUGCAGGACUGGUGUCACUGGAACAAGAACGGUUUCCCGGGCUCCCAGCCGGUGUCCAUGGACAGAAGCAAUAUCAAGCGACUCAGCGAGAUACCCUAUCGGGUGUCGUGGAAGGCGGACGGCACGCGCUACAUGAUGCUCAUCGAUGGCCGCGACGAAGUGUAUUUCUUUGAUCGCAACCACUCGUGUUUCCAGGUGGAGAACGUUGCCUUUUUGAAUGGCAAGAACCUGAACGAGCACCUCGACGGCACACUUCUCGAUGGGGAAAUGGUGCUGGACAAGAUCGGCGAGACAGUCACGCCGCGCUACCUCGUUUACGACAUUGUCCGUCUCUCCGAUCGCGACGUGCGGGACGAGCCGUUCUUUCCCAAUCGCCUGGACUACAUUAAGAAGGAUGUGAUAGGUCCACGAAUCCUGGGCAUGAAGCACGGCAUCGUCAACCAGCGCACGCAGGCGUUUAGUGUGCGUGGCAAGGAUUUCUGGGACAUCUGGAUGUCUGCCCGGUUGCUGGGCGAAAAAUUCUCGCGCACUUUGGCCCAUGAGCCGGAUGGCCUGAUCUUCCAGCCAUCCCAGCAGCCAUACACCGCCGGCGUCUGCUCCGACGUGUUCAAGUGGAAGCCGCAUGAGCUCAACUCGGUCGACUUUCGGCUCAAGAUCAUAACGGAGCGCGGCGAGGGCCUGCUCACCAAGAAGGUGGGCUUCCUCUAUGUGGGCGGCCACGACGCCCCCUUCGGUCGCAUGCAGAAGCUGACCAAGGAGAUCCGUGAUCUGGACAACAAGAUUGUGGAGUGUACUCUGAAUCAAUACGGCAACUGGGAGUUUAUGCGGGAGCGAACGGACAAGAAGCAUCCAAACAGCUAUAACACAUGCCGCGCCGUUGUGGAGAGCAUAAGACAUCCCAUUACCAAGGACUAUCUAUUAAACUAUAUCGCGAACUGCGGCUUUCGCGAUGACCAAGCCAUGAUGCCGCCGCCAAUCAAUGCCCAUCAGCAUGGGCAUGGCCAUGGUCACCAUGGCCAUCAUCAUGGCGGGGCGCCGGACCAACGGCCCCAGCGACCCCACUAAGCAGUUAGCAGCAGCUUUGCACACCUCAUCUCACCACUCACUAUUACACCAUUAAAGAAAACAUGCUCCCCUCCAAGACGACACUAGAAAAUUAAACACAACCGCUAAUAAAUAUAAUUCAAAAUGUGACAAUUGCACACGAGUCUGUGUUGCCGAAAAAAAAGCGUGUUUUUACGUUUCUCUUGGAUUAUGUGAAGCAUCUUGAAAUCCGCAGCAGGGACAACUUGCAUCAACUAGUGUGGCAAUAUACGAUUUUGUAUUUAGUAAUUUUUACAUAUUUAUAUCUUUGCAGAAAAUUUGACUAAAAGAUUAAGUUAAUUUGUUAAAA